UGACAUUGGAAAAAUUAAAGAAACAACAAAAUAAAUAUGCCAAACAUUUUGCAAUAAAAAUGCCGUCACCACCAAGUUUAUUACGAUAUGUUCAAAAUCCUGAAGAUCAAAAUCCCGAAGGAUCAUAA